ACUUCCAUGGCUUCAAUGGUGUUCUUCUAUUUGUCUCGGUGGCGUCUUCCCAGAAGCUUUUUCUUCAUACCCACCACCUUAGCCCUCGCCACCUCUCUUCUCAUUCUCUUCUACAUUUCCAUAACCUCCAAUCUCUUCCCUCACCACCCUCCUCAAUCCAAUCUCUCUUCCUUUUCUCAUCAUCUUUUCCACCCAUCUCUAAGUCAACGCUCACUCCCAGCUACCUCCGCCCCAAGAAACAAUGACGAGGUUUUCCAUGACGCGCAGAUCUUCGUUCAAGACUAUAAGGAAAUGAAAAGGAGCUUCAAGAUAUAUGUUUACCCUCACCGGAAAGAUGAUCCUUUUGCAAAUGCACUUCUGCCUGUGGAUUCCGAACCUGGCGGUAAUUACGCCAGUGAAAGUUACUUCAAGAAGGUCCUAAUGGAAAGUCAUUUCAUCACGAAUGAUCCAGCCAAGGCACAUCUUUUCUUUCUACCUUUCUCUAUUGCGAGGUUGCGGCACGACCCCAGAGUUGGUGUGGGAGGCAUCCCAGAUUUUAUUAGGGACUACAUCUUCAAUGUUAGUCACAAGUAUGAGUAUUGGAACCGGACUGGUGGAGCAGAUCAUUUUUAUGUUGCUUGUCAUUCGAUUGGAAGAUCAGCCAUGGAGAAAGCAACCCAAGUCAAGUUCAAUGCUAUUCAAGUUGUGUGUUCUUCAAGUUACUUCCUAUCUGGGUACAUUGCGCACAAGGACGCUUGUCUGCCUCAAGUAUGGCCAAGAAAAGAUGAGCCCCCUAAUCUUCUGUCAUCAAAUAGAACAAGACUUGCAUUUUUUGCUGGAGGAAUAAACUCCCCAGUACGGGAAAGGCUUCUUCAAGUUUGGAGAAAUGACUCUGAGAUUUUUGUGCACUUUGGUCGGCUCAACACAUCUUAUGCUGAUGCGCUGCUUGGUAGCAUGUUCUGUCUCCACGUUAAAGGAUUUGAAGUAAAUACGGCUCGUAUUGCAGAUUCAUUGUAUUAUGGCUGUGUCCCAGUCAUAAUUGCCAACUACUACGAUUUACCAUUUGCAGACAUACUAAACUGGAAGAGCUUCUCAGUCAUUGUUGCCACUCUUGAUAUUCCAUUGCUUAAGAAGACCCUUAAAGGAAUUGGCCCCGACGAAUACAUGAGGUUGAAAAACAAUGUGUUGAAGGUUCGCAGACAGUUCCAGUGGCACCUUUCACCUAUUGAUUACGAUGCUUUUAACAUGGUUAUGUAUGAGUUGUGGCUCCGACGUAGUUUUUCAACAUUUUCCAUGAGCACAUUUGAAUACUCUAAAUCAACAUCUUAUUUUUCAUGA